GCUCCUGGGGCUGCGCUCCGCGCGGCGGGUGGUCGCGAGCGCUAAGCCUGCCCCCCGAGCAAGCCCAUUGGCUGCUGGGUGCACCGCGCUACCUCCCGCCUGGGGCGAAAGCACGUGCCGGGGGCGGGAGCAGCGGUCGUUAACUGCCGAGGUCGCCAUCUGCCGCAGUCGCGGCUAGCUCAGCGAUGGCGUCGGAACCGUGGGGAGGCGACGCUGGAGUGGCGGAGAGUGAGCGGCCGAACCGCCAGCAGAAGAACCUUCAGGGUAUUAAGAGUUCUACCACUGCAAAUGUAGGAGGUUGUAUUAAUAACACCGAAGAUGAUGAUGAAAAUAUAGUGGAUUUGGCAGCCAAUUCACUCUUGAACAAGUUAAUCCGACAGUCCUUAGUCGAAUCCUAUCACCAGGUAGAAGUCUUACAAAGGGAUCCCAGUUCUCCACUCUACUCAGUGAAAUCAUUUGAGGAGCUACGGCUAAAAGAAGACCUAUUAAAAGGGAUCUAUGUAAUGGGAUUUAAUAGACCAUCUAAAAUCCAAGAGAUGGCUCUCCCUAUGAUCCUGGCAUAUCCACCUCAGAACCUCAUAGCCCAGAGCCAAUCUGGAACAGGAAAAACAGCUGCUUUUGUCUUGGCAAUGCUGAGCAGAGUUAAUGCCUUGGAGUUAUUCCCACAGUGCCUCUGCCUGGCUCCCACUUAUGAACUGGCUCUGCAAAUUGGCUCCGUGGUUCAGCAGAUGGGAAGAUUCUGUGUGAAUAUUGAUGUGAUGUACGCCAUUCGGGGGAAUCGAAUUCCCAGAGGCACUAACAUCACCAAACAGAUUGUCAUUGGCACUCCUGGGACUGUCCUAGAUUGGUGUUUCAAGAAAAACUUAAUUGAUUUGACUAAGAUUCGUGUGUUUGUCCUGGAUGAAGCAGAUGUGAUGAUUGCCACACAAGGAUUCUUAGAUCAAAGCAUUCGUAUUCAGAGAGUUUUACCCUCUGGGUGCCAGAUGCUGCUCUUUUCAGCGACCUUUGGGGACUCGUUGUGGCGGUUUGCAGAGCAAAUCAUUCCUGACCCUAAUGUUAUCAAGUUACGGAAAGAGGAGCUGACCCUGGACAACAUCCGUCAGUUUUACGUGUUAUGUGAGGAUAGGAGAGACAAAUACGAAGCUCUGUGCAACAUUUAUGGCGGCCUCACCAUUGCUCAGGCCAUCAUCUUCUGCCAGACUCGUCAGGAUGCCAAGUGGCUGAGUGUGCAGAUGGCGCAGGACGGCCACCAAGUGUCUCUGUUGAGUGGAGAGCUGACCGUGGACCAGCGAGCUUCCGUUCUUCAGAGGUUUCGUGAUGGAAAAGAGAAAGUUCUCAUAACGACCAAUGUCUGUGCACGAGGGAUCGAUGUGAAGCAGGUCACAGUUGUUGUGAACUUUGACCUCCCUCUAAACCAAGCACAGGAGCCAGACUACAAGACCUACCUUCACCGCAUUGGGCGGACAGGACGCUUUGGGAAAAAAGGCUUUGCCUUCAACAUGAUUGAAGUGGAUAAGCUUCCCCUGCUUAUGAAGAUCCAGGACCACUUCAACUGCAGUAUUAAGCAACUCAACACUGAAGAUCUGGACGAAAUUGAGAAGAUUGAGUUUUGAAGAAACAGCUGUAUUGAUUGUGAAAUGUUCUAGUUUUUGUGAGAAUGUCCCAGUUGGUUUUGAAGGUAAUUUUUAAUGUUGAGUCUUUUUCAAAGUGAAACU